UAUUUUUUAUUUUUCCACCGGGGAGUUUAAAGAAGCUCCGAGGCAGCAGCAGCGGGAAGCUUCGUGGAUCCAACCCGCCCUCCGAGCAGUCAUGUCCGGGGCUAACAGGGGAGCAGCUAGCGAGCAUCACAACCAGGAGAACAUGCUGUCACGGCUCCGGGGCCCGAUGAAGAGCCGAGCCGGCACCACCAUGGAGAACCAGGAGAACCAGGCCCCGAAGCAGGCUCCCAGCAGGACCGUACUGGGAGCCCUGCAGAACAACCAGCGGAGCAAAGCCCAGAACCAGCGCGGCACAAAGCAGGAUUCAUCACAGCAGUUGUCCUGUAAAGAAGAUUUCAGCAAAAGCUGUUUUGAGAAGCCCGCCGCCAAGCAGCCGUCCUUCCAGGUCCAUGUUGAUGAGCCCGAUGGCGCCUUCGUCAAAAAGCCACAGCCGGUGGUCGAAGCUGUCAAAACUAAGUCCGUCGCUGAGGAGUCUGCGCUCAUCGUCGACAAUGCGGUGGGACGGCUCCGGCAGCCGCUCGCCACCAUCGACAUUCCAUCGGCAAUGGAUGUCAGCUUCGACUCUCCCAUGGACAUGUCUGUGGUUGAGGGGGAGGAGAAGCAUUCUAAUGUAAAUGACGUCCACGAAUAUGCUCCUGAAAUCCACACGUACCUGAGGGAGGUUGAGAUAAAAUCCAGGCCUAAAGCAGGCUACAUGAAAAAGCAGCCGGACAUCACUACCAGCAUGAGGGCCAUCCUGGUCGACUGGCUGGUCGAGGUUGGAGAAGAGUACAAGCUGCAGAACGAGACACUAUAUUUGGCCGUAAACUACAUCGACCGCUUCCUCUCUUCCAUGUCUGUCCUGAGGGGGAAGCUCCAGCUGGUCGGCACCGCUGCUAUGCUGCUUGCUUCUAAAUUUGAGGAGAUCUACCCCCCUGAGGUGGCGGAGUUCGUUUACAUCACAGAUGACACCUACACCAAGAAGCAAGUGUUGAGAAUGGAGCAUCUGGUGCUUAAAGUGCUCUCCUUUGAUCUGGCAGCACCAACGAUCAACCAGUUUCUCACCACGUACUUCCAGCACCAGUCUGUUAGCAAACAGGUGGAGAGCAUGGCAAUGUACCUCGGAGAACUCAGUCUGAUCGACUCGGAUCCCUUCCUAAAGUACUUGCCAUCCCACACGGCUGCUGCAGCCUUCACCCUGGCCAACCACGCACUGACUGGUGGCUCAUGGCCCAAGUGUCUGACUGAGAUGUCCGGCUACUCCCUGGAGGAUCUGAUGCCCUGUGUCGAAGAUCUGCACCAAACGUACAUCGCUGCAGCUCAGCACGCCCAGCAGUCUGUCCAGGAGAAGUACAAGACCCCAAAGUACCUUGGUGUUUCUGGCAUCGAACCUCCAGCGAAGUUGCAGCUGAACUGACCUCUUCCUGUGUCCAUGUAGCCUUUUACCCCCUGUCAGUCCUUUUUUUUUUAAAUUAAUUUUUUUCUGAUGUAACCCAGUUGAAUAAUCCGCCCUGCUCUUCUUGGAGUCGUGCUGGAUGUUUAGAGUUUUUACUGAUAUUUUUAUAUAAAGUCUGACGCUCGUGCCAAGUUGUGUCGGUUGAUCAAGCAGUUUUAAUGUUGACUUUUUAAAUCACAGACAAAAUGUAGUAAAGGUCGUGACCCACCACUUGAUGCUUUUAUCUGCAGCAUCUCUGUGCCACCAGAUGUCUAAAUGUACUCAAACCCAGCAACUUUCACUUUUAAUGGUUAAGUUAUUGUUGCUGGUUACACUUUAAAAAAAAAGGCAUUUAUCCAAGGUUGGCUCCACACGAGCUAUAGCCUCUUUUUUUCAAGUGGUGUAACAUAAGUGUUUGGCCUCGUAUGAUGCAGAUUAAAGUAUAUUUUGUCUGUCAUGAUGGAGUCAGCUGUCUCAUUCAAUUGGUGUCUGGGAAGUUAAAAGCUUCUCAAGUUAUCAUCUGCACUGUAAAC